GUCAAUUACGUAGCAGCGAAGAGGAAAGGACCAGUCUCCGCCUGCGUGCGAGCUCGGCCACCGUCUCUGGCCCUGCGACCACCGGAGGGAAAGUUAAAGAUGAACUCGGAGACACCAACGACGGACGAGUUUUCCUCACCACCGCUAGAGUUCGUCGAUUUCCCUCCUCUUCCUAGCCUUUGCUCCAAUCCCAUUUCAACCCCAAACCCAACUUCAAGCGUCGACUCCGAUGCAUCUCCUAACCCCAACCAAUUCCUCUCCUUCUCCAUACCCAAGAAACGCCGCCGUGGCCGGCCCACUCGUUCUGCGUCCGGUGUUCCUACUUCCUUUCGAAUUCCACAGGUUCCCUUUUUACCGCGCAGCGGGGAGAGCAUUACUGGUCCUAAUCCGAAUUCCAGCUCGUUAAACCCUCCAAGGCCGCCGGUUCCCGACGUUGCUGAAGAGAUCAUCGUUAUAAACAGAGAAGCCACAGCGGAGGCGUUAACUGCACUCUCUGCUGGGUUCCCCGCCGAUUCUUUGACGGAGGAGGAAAUUGAAGCUGGCGUGCUUCCGGUGAUCGGCGGGAUUGAGCAGGUAAAUUACACGCUUAUUAGAAACCAUAUCAUUGCCAAAUGGCGAGAAAAUAUAAAUGCCUGGAUUACGAAAGAGAUGUUCCUGAAUUCUGUGCCGGCGCAUUGUCAUGGACUCUUGGAUUCUGCUUAUGAUUACUUGGUUUCCCGUGGGUACAUUAAUUUCGGCGUCUCGCAAGCCAUUAAAGAGAAAUUUCCCUCAGAGUUUGGUAAGGCAAGGGUGAUCAUCAUUGGUGCUGGGUUGGCUGGGCUGGCUGCAGCAAGGCAGUUAAUGAGGUUAGGAUUUAGGGUCACAGUUUUGGAAGGGAGGAAACGGCCCGGUGGGAGAGUUUACACUAAGAAAAUGGAAUUGGAAGGAGGUGGAGUGAAUAGAGUUAGUGCUUCAGCAGAUUUAGGAGGAAGUGUUUUGACUGGAACUUUGGGUAAUCCUCUAGGAAUUCUAGCAAGGCAGUUAGGGCAUAGCUUACACAAGGUGACUGAUAAGUGUCCUCUUUAUGCACCUGAUGGGAAGCCAGUUGAUCUAGAUACAGACAUGAAGGUUGAGGCAGCAUUUAAUCGAUUGUUGGAUCAGGCAAGCAGGCUGAGGCAGUUGAUGGGGGAUGUCUCUGUUGAUGUAUCGCUAGGAGCAGCCUUAGAGACCUUUAGGCAGGUAUAUGGAGAUGCUGUGAAUGAGGAGGAGAUGGGCUUGUUCAAUUGGCACUGUGCAAAUCUGGAAUAUGCCAAUGCCGGUUUAUUGUCAAAACUUUCCUUAGCAUUUUGGGAUCAGGAUGAUCCAUAUGAUAUGGGAGGGGAUCACUGUUUUGUCCCUGGGGGGAAUGGAAGGUUGGUCCAGGCUUUGGCCGAGAAUGUUCCUAUCUUGUAUGAAAAGACUGUGCACACCAUCAGAUAUGGUAGUGAUGGUGUGCAGGUUGUUGCUGGGAGUCAGACUUUUGAGGGUGAUAUGGUAUUGUGUACAAUACCUCUUGGGGUUCUGAAGAGUGGAUCGGUAAAGUUUGUUCCAGAAUUGCCACAGAGGAAGCUUGAUGGAAUAAAGAGGUUGGGGUACGGAUUGUUGAACAAGGUUGCAAUGCUUUUCCCUUACGUGUUUUGGGAAAAUGAUCUUGAUACAUUUGGGCAUUUGACUGAUCAUUCAAGCAGACGAGGAGAGUUCUUCUUGUUCUACAGCUAUGCCACUGUUUCUGGCGGACCACUCUUGCUUGCACUAGUAGCAGGAGAAGCUGCCCUAAAGUUCGAGAGUAUGCCUCCAGUGGAUGCUGUGUCUCGUGUUCUUCAGAUUCUAAAAGGUAUUUAUGAACCACGAGGAAUCAAUGUCCCAGAGCCUAUACAAACUGUAUGUACAAGAUGGGGUAGUGAUUCCUUCUCUCUGGGGUCUUAUUCCAAUGUGGCUGUUGGAGCAUCCGGAGAUGAUUAUGAUAUAUUGGCAGAAAGUGUGGGAGACGGAAGACUUUUCUUUGCUGGGGAAGCCACUACUAGGCGGUACCCUGCGACUAUGCAUGGAGCUUUUCUUACUGGCUUGCGGGAAGCUGCUAAUAUUGCGAACUUUGCUAGUGCUAGAUCCUCAAGGAUUAAGCUUAAUAGUACUCCCUUUAAGAACUCUCAUGCCUGUGCUUCACUUCUAGCAGAUUUAUUUAGGGAGCCUGAUCUAGAAUUUGGUAGUUUUGCUGUUAUAUUUGCUCGAAAUGAUUCGGAUCCCAAGUCAGCAGCAAUUUUGAGGGUUGCAUUAAGUGACCCUCAGAAGAGGAGUCGUGAAGGUGCUAGGCCGGAUCUACAGCAUUCCAAUAAGUUACUCUUUAAGCAGCUGCAGUCACACUUUAACCAGCAACAAGAGCUUCAUGUGUACACCUUAUUAUCAAAACAACAGGCACUUGAGCUGAGAGAGGUCAGAGGAGGUGAUGAUGUGCGGCUGAGUUACCUGGAUGAGAAACUUGGGGUAAAGCUAAUUGGAAGAAAAGGUUUGGGGCCUACAGCUGAUUCUCUCAUUUCUUCCAUCAAAGCCGAGAGGGGCAUUCGCAAGGCAGCUUCUACUUGUUUAACUCUAAAAUCAGGAGGAACUUCCAAGCUGAAAACGGGUACUUUAAAGCGAAAAUUGGUCAGGAGGGCGAAAAUAGUGAGCAACAGUAAGUUGGCACGCCCCUUCAAUUCCAACAUGGUAAGAGUAAAAGUUUCUGAAGGAAUGAAGGCAACGAAUCAUGCUCCUUGUGAAAUGAUCGGUAUAGAGGAUAAUAGUAACACCUGAAUUGCAUGGGACAAGACCAAGUGGCAUGUUCAAGGCACCUUACAGCUGAGGUCCAGUCCGUGGAUCUGUCGCCGGAGAGCAAUACUGCAACAGAUCCUAGCGCCUCUUGAAUCUGUCAACUAGCAGAUAUCAGGAUCUUCACUGGACUCGAACAAUUGAAGGAAGUUGUGGAAUACAGUGGUAGAUGGGAUAUAUGGCUGGAAAUGGAAAUUCCUUGGAGCUGCUCCAGAAGUAACUCCUGGUGAAGUCCAACUAUGGAGGAGACUGGAACUGAUUAUGUACCAGUUGAGUCUCUGUCGAUGCUCCUUAAUCAGCUGGCGCUUUACGGUGAAGAUUGUGGAUGCAGAGAGAGACAUUAUGAUGAUUUGGGCGGACCUCCACCGAGGAUUCGACAUUGAUGAGGUCCAACGAUUGGUCAGACGAGUUCUUAGCUCAAUGAUGAGUUGCAACAUCUGCUGGUGUUGAAGGUUACUGGUUGCGAUUCACAUUCUCAUGUGGCGAUGCAACUCACUUGAACGUAGGGAUACAACUUCUGAAGACAUAGCAACCAAACUAGUUUGUGCUUCAAUAGCUAGUUGUAAGUGUUGGCUACUUAGUAUUGUAGCUCACAUUAUGAUACACAUAUUUCUUCAUACUUGUACUUGCGAUGAUUGAUAUUAUUACUCACAUAAAUAUGAGUUUAUUUUUAGGGUCAAUGACAAAAAUAAUAGUUUCUGC